AUGUUUACUCCCAAGCUUCGUCAGACUUACCUUCAGCUGAAGGCUGCUGGAAAGGACUUCGAAGUGGUGUUCUGCAGCUUCGAUCGAAGCCAGAGAGACUUUGAGGAGUAUUUCGGAACCAUGCCUUGGUUGGCUGUUCCUUUUGAUCGAGAGGAUCUUCGUCAGUCUCUUGGAAACACGUUUGAUGUCUCUGGAAUUCCCACUUUGCUCUUGAUGGAUGAGUCGGGUGUGUAUAAUAGUGAUGGAAGAACCUCUGUUAUGAUGAAUCCUCAGGUUAUGGCUGAUUAUUCUAGCGUAUUUGGAGAAACUCUCCUCUCUAAGAACGGACCUGUUGAUGUUUCCACCCUUAAUGGAAAGAUGGUGGGUGUAUACUUCUCUGCUCAUUGGUGCGCCCCUUGCCGCCAGUUCACUCCUGUUCUUCGUAAGAUCUAUCUGAAUCUGAAGAAGGCUGGCCAACCUUUUGAGAUUGUUUUCUGCAGCAAGGAUAGCGAUCAGAAGGGAUUUGAUGAAUACUACGGAGCCAUGCCUUGGCUGGCGGUCGACUUCAAGAAUGCGGAGCUGCGCGAGACUCUGUCUCAGCUCUUCGCUGUGGAGGGAAUCCCCAGACUGGUUAUGCUCUCUCCCGAGGGUGUGCUGAACCCCAACGCCAAGGAUGACGUUCUGGCCAACGAGAACGGUUUCCCUUGGAAGCAGCCCACCGUGAAGGAGCUGGUUGCUCCCAACGUCCGCAAGGGCGACGAGCUGGUCGGCGAAGCCGCUGUGGCCGGCAAGUAUGUGGGUCUGUACUUCUCCGCCCACUGGUGCGGUCCUUGCAAGCUGUUCACUCCGCAGUUAAUCGAGGUGUACAAGAAGCUGCAGGAGGCUGGCCAGCCGUUCGAGGUGGUGUUCUGCUCUCUGGACAACGACGAGAAGGAGUACAAGGAGUACUACGGCUCGAUGCCGUGGAUGACGCUGGGCUACAACAGCCCGAUUGUGCAGAAGCUGAAGAACAUCCUCGGAUUCGAAGGAAUCCCCACGCUGGUGCUCUGCAACACCGAGAUGGAGCCCAUCACCGACGACGGUGUCAGCUCGGUCAAGUCGACGGGUGUGGAGGGAUUCCCCUGGCUGCCUUCGGCCGUGAAGGACCUCAAUGCCGAGCCCGAUGACAUCAAUGCUCGCCGAUGCUUGGUGGCGUUUAUGGACGGAGAUUGCUGCGAUGAUGCCAAGAAGGACGCUGUGGUGGAGACCCUGAACCAGAUUGCCGAGCAGAUCAUGGGCGAGGUGUCCAUCUUCUACGUGCGUGAGGCUGGUGAUGUGUCCACGCAGAUUCGUGGUAUGAUUCAGCAGACGGAGUGCCCUCUGCUGAGCAUUGUGGAUAUUCCGGAUGAGGGUGGUUACUACCUGGCGCCGUCGAACGAAUUGACCGCUGAGAAUAUUCUGUCGUUUGUGAACGGAGUCGUGAGCGGAUCGGUUGAGAGAAAGCAAAUGGUAGCUUAAAAUGCGCAAAUGAUUUCCU